GCUGUUGACUAUAAAACCAUCCUCUGAGAAAAAAUGUCCCCUUCACUUCAUACUCGCCACCAAAGUUCACCACACACAAUAAAAGUAACUUACAGUAUUUUUUUAAAAGAGAGAGAGAGAACAAAACGUCUCACUCAAUCCCUCCACACAUCGAUCCUUAACAAAUCCGCUGUUUUCUCCACUUCACGUCCGAGAGAAGAAGUCAUGGGAAUAUCAAACAAACCUCACCACCACCAACUCGAAGGAGGUGAGAUACGAGAAACUACCGACGGUAAAAAAAGGGUCGUCAUCGCUGGAAUUACCUCACGUUCACCGCUCAAGCAGAUUAAUCUAUCCCCCGGUGUGACAGUAACCGAAACAGAGGAUCAAGAUCAGUGUCCUACAACACCUACGGCUGUUUCCUUCAGAAUUCCAAGGGUUCCGCCGUGUCCAGCGGCUCCAAGGAAGCGUAAGCCGUCGUCUAAAUGCAGUUACGGUGCCGCCACUAGAGAUUUCUUCUCCCCGCCUGACCUCGAAACCGUUUUCAUUCAGAGAGCUAGUUAACUCUGUUUUCACAACUCUCUGAGCUCUCUCUCUCUCUCUCUCUCUCUCUUUCUAACCUUCUCUAGGGUUUCGAAUCAUAGGAUAAUAUCUUCUCUCUGUUUUAGCUUAAAUUCUCGAUUCUGGUUCAGCACUUGGGUUCUUGAACUAAGAAACUAAAUUUACUCUAAUUUGCUUCUCAGUUGUAUCAAUUUUAGGAGUUAGUAUUUCAUGUUUAUGUACAUAUCAUCUCCUCCUGUUUUUAGUAGAAUUUAUGUAUAUGAUUUUUAGUUUUAUUUCCAUUUUCAACUUUUUUUUUUUAAUUUCUUGAUCUUGGUUAUUUUUAGUUAUUCGAAAAUUUAGCACUCAAAUCAUUUGAAAAAAGAAAAUAAAAAUAUUAUAUACAUAUAUAUGUCAUUCUUUCUCAACAUAGUUAUACUUUUUCAUGGAAGUUUGCGAUGAUAUUAACAAUCACUAACAAUAUGGUUCACAGAUCAAAAGUUUUACACUUUAUCUACCUUUUUGUUUACUUUUAUCUCUAUCUUUUUUUAUAUAGAAAAAAAACUCUACAAAUAAAAAGGAAUCUUUCUUCUUUGUUUAAAAACUAAAAGAAUCUGUUUUUGUUCAUUUCUAAAAUGGUUGGAAACUUGAAAGAAUGCAAAAAUCUCUCUUUAUAUCCGAAGAACACGAGAGUGUCUUCUUCUCGUUAAGUCUCAACAAUCUCUUCAUUUUAUCGCAAAAUUUUUCCACCACUUGGAAUGUUCUAACAUUUGUAUAUAGGUACAUGCAUUAUCAUGCAUACAUUUACUGUUUACAUCAUUCGCAUAAUCUGGGACAUGGUUGGAGAAUUUUUGUUAAAGAAGUUUUUCUUUUGUUAUACAUUAAAAACUUUAUUUGGUGGCAUCUAAUCGGUUUUCCUGUUUUUGUUGUUCUCAUUCUAAAAAUUCUACAUGAACUGAAUAAGAUAUGUUUAAUUUUAAGUUUAAAACAGUUUUAUAAAACAAAACUUUAGGAACUUUCAAACUGUAUCUGUCAAUCUGUCAUUUUAAAUUUGAUCUGCUUUAAAAAUAUUUUAAAAAUAUUUCUCGACCUAUUUGGAGUUCUUAAUAUUUUGUUUAACUGCACAAAAAUGUAUGCAAUUACGUUGGUAAUAUUUUAAAUGCGUCAGAAAUAAAAUAAAGGAUUUUUUAAUAUGUAUCAAACAUCAUUCGAUGAUAAGUGACAGCCACC